AUGGCUCGCGUAAUGGGCUAUCGUGGUGGAUACACACCACAAGACAGAAGACGAAUCGAGAGUGAAAUGUUUGAGGGGAAGUUAAUGGGUAUUAUUGCAACUACUGCUCUGGAGCUUGGUGUAGAUAUUGGAUCUUUGGAUGCUGUUCUGACCGUUGGCUUCCCAUAUACGAUUGCGAAUCUGCGACAACAAAGUGGACGGGCUGGACGGAGAAAUAAGGAUUCCUUGUCAGUAUUGAUUGGUGAUUGUUUCCCUAGUGAUCAGUAUUACAUGAAUAAUCCGGAUGAAAUCUUCACCAAACCAAAUUGCGAACUACAAGUCGAUCUGCAAAAUAUGCUGGUACUCGAGGGUCAUGUUCAAUGUGCAGCUUACGAGAUGCCAAUUCGUCCAGAUGAGGAUGCGAUUUAUUUUCGAAAGAAUCUGGCCGAGGUUGCAGAAGAGCGACUGGUGAAGGAUGGACUUGGCUUUUACCACUGCAGCGAACGAUAUAGACCUACUCCAUCGAAAUUAGUUGCGAUUCGCGAUACUGAAGAAGAUCAUUUUGCUAUUAUCGAUAUCAGUCAUGGUAAAAAUAUUGUUUUGGAAGAACUAGAGGCUUCGCGAGCAUUCUUCACACUUUACGAUGGCGGUAUCUUCCUUCAUCAGGGAAACACAUAUCUUGUUAAAGAGUUCUUGCCUGAGCGAAAAAUCGCCAAGGUUGAACUUGUCAAAGUCGAUUGGACAACCCAACAGCGCGAUUACACUGAUAUAGAUCCCAUUGAAACCGAAGCUAUCCGACGCAUUCCCAAUUCCCUCUCUCGUGCAUUCUUCGGCGCAAUCAAGAUCCAACAAAACGUCUUCGGAUUCUUCAAACUCGACAAGAAGAGACGUAUUCUCGACGCUAUUCAAGUGGAUAAUCCGCCAAUUAUCCUCUACAGUAAAGGAAUGUGGCUCGAUGUUCCUAAAAUAGCUCUUGAGAUUCUCGUUCAAAAACGUCUCAAUAUCGCUGGUGCUAUUCAUGCAGCUGAACAUGCAGUCUUAUCACUCAUGCCAAAUUUCGUAAUAAGUAUGCCGGGAGAUGUCCGCACAGAAUGUAAAGCCGGCACUAAAGAAUUCGCUCAAAAAGAAACAUCUCGGAAACGACCUGCUCGUCUCACAUUCUAUGAUGCGAAAGGCGGAGCUUCAGGAUCGGGUAUUAGUACUAAAGCUUUCGAAUUCAUUGAUCUCUUGUUAAAACAGGCUUUGAGGAGAAUAGAGGGUUGUCAUUGUUAUGAGGGAUGUGUAGAGUGUGUUGCGAGUGAAAAUUGUAAACAUGCUAAUGAGGUUAUGAGUAAAGCUGGUAGUGAAGUUAUCUUGAAGAGUUUUGCUGGGUUUGGAAAUUGA